UAUCAUCCAACAUUUAUGUUCAAAUCAUAUCAUCUUAUAUAUAGUUAGUUUUAUACCAGUUAAAUGAGACUUCAUUUAACUCAAUGUCAUAUAUUAUACUUAGGUUAGUUAGUUCACUUUUUACCAUAACGUGUCAGGAUGUUGUUCUCACUAACAACCAUCCCAACAGGACACAAGGUAUAAGGAAGCUAUCAUAUAUUCUAAAACUUCUAAGAAACUCCGGAUUGGUACCAGUCGGUGACAGGUUUGGAGUGGUGCGUGGGCGUUUUAAGCCUAUGAGAUGAUCAGCAAGAGGGAGAGUCUGGCACAGGAAGUUAACUUUUCCUGUCUCUGCCAGUUACAGUUUCUGGGAAAUUGUGGAGUCAUUCUCACAUGGUCCUAAGAUAUUUAGUUGGGGAACAAGGGCCAAACAUCACUUGCGUCUUGAUCUCUUGCGAGGCAAGACCGUUGUUUAAAGAGAACUCAUCAUUAGAUUAGAUCCAAUUUAUGGAAUUUGGUGAGAUCAUUCAGGAGAUUCCAGUAUGCUCUUAAGUAGACCAGGAGCGAGAGAAAGAUUGGUUCAGGAGAAUUUACAUGUCAUUGUAAAGGAAUAGAGGACCGCGUGAUUGGUCAAAGGAAAUAGACUGUGGAAAGGAGUAUCCCACGUCUAUGGGAUCGUAAGGUGACCUGUCAUUGCCCUUUUUCUUUCUUCUUUGUUUUUGUUCGGUUCUUUUGGUUGCGUGUGUAAACGUGUAUAUAACAUGCUCCAGAAUAUGCUAGUUGAAUAAAUAUACCAUAUCCGGAAAGAAUCUAGCCUUACUUUAAAUCUGCUUGGCUAUAAAUGGCGUUGUCGGCAGGAUUUGGGUUAUUUGUGAAAAUUGAGCAUAGAGCAUGUACACAGUUUACAAAAGGGUAAUGACAGAGGUUGAGAACUGAUGAGGCAUGAGCACAGUGCUGCUAAGACGGAUGUUUCCAGGAAGACUAUCCUAGAGGUGACACGUGUCGGUGAUGUUGUGACAACCUACUUAGGGAUGACUGCAGCAGAACUUGAUGGAGUGGAGCCGGAUCAAACAUUCCAGGAACAAUUAACAAGUGCUGAAGUGACAUUAUUUACAUCAUAUGAACUAUUUUAAGACUGUGGCUUAUAAAUAGACUUGAUGUUGUUAUAUCCGAUUGCUGAGGUUGAUUUUGUUGCGUCUAUACGACACAUGCCAUGGGACUGUGAGUUGUGCUCAUCAUUCUAGGGUCAACGUGAGGUUACUGGGCCACAAUCCUUGUUUUGUUUUGGUUCUGUGCAUAUUAUCUUUCCAGUGUUUAGGUUAAGUUGCAGUGAGAUUUGAGGAUGGCAGACUUACAAGACCUGAGUGAAGACCAACUGAAGCAGAAGAUUGCUGACCUGAGGGCUGACCUGACAGCAGCGAAGCUAAAUGAAGCAAAUGCAGUUGGGAGCGUCCGUGAGCUUAGGGGUGAGUCCAAAGCCUUAAAGGAAACUGUAGAUAAGCUUAAAGGUAAGGAUACUGUAUAUGUGGGGAGGGACCGAAAGCUUGAGAAGUUGAGGGGGGCACCAGUGGCCAGUAAAGACCCAGAAGUAGAAGAGUGGGUCAGGGAUGCCCAGGGCAUCAUAGGGUCCAGGAAACUGAAAGGGCAAGAUGCCAUUAACUUUGUAACUGACCAUUUGGCUGGCGACGCCCGUGUGGAAGUGGAUAGUAGGGGGAAGAUCGAUGAUGUCAAAGAUCUCUUCAAGAUUUUGAGGAAUGUCUUUGACAUUGCCGAUUCUUUGCCUCAACUGAGGCAUAAGUAUUAUGCGAGGUUGCAGGCGGAGGAGGAGUCUGUGGUCCAAUAUUCCCAUGCGUUGGCGAGAAUUCACCAACGCAUGGAGAUGCUGGACUCCGUGCUGAAAGCCACUAAGGAGGAGGCCCUUAGGGCACAGCUCGCGGAAGGGUUUAAAGACCCUCAACUCCGGCGAGAAGCCCUUCGCUGGAUCCGCGAGAAGAACGGCAGCUUUUUCGAGUUGCGAGACUGGGCAACAGAGUGGGUCCGCCAGGGUGAGCGCAGUGAUCUAAAGGUAAAGGCCAAAGUUAGGGAACAUCAGGCAGAACCAGCCCUGAUGGAAAUGCUCAAGGAACAGAAUGUUAUCUUGAAGGAGCAGGUGAAGGCUCAACAGGAGUUGGCAAAACUCAUUGCAGGAAUGAAUGGGCCAACUAGUAAAGGGCAGAAAUAUGACCAACGGGGACGGGCCUGUUUCGAGUGCGGCAGCCUGGAUCACCUAAUUAAGGACUGUCCAGAUGCACAGAAGAAAGCCAAGGCUAAGAAAAAUACGGGUAAGCCCAAAGCGAAGACAAAUGAACAGGCGGCCACAGGGGCGUUAAACUAGUUCGAGCCCCUGCUGAGAGCCGAGCAGCGGGCGAUUUAAGAGGCUCUGUUCUUGCCAAGGCAAUUGGCAAGUGCCCGGAAGCCGAUAUUCAGGUGGGGGGCGUGAGUGUCCGGUGUUUAUUAGACACUGGGGCCCAGGUAAGUACCUUGACAGAGAGUUUCUUCAAGGAAACUCUCAAGGGUCAGGUAAGGGUUCUGGAUACGUCUUCCUACCUGAAGAUUACCGCUGCCAAUGGCCUGCGUAUCCCUUACGUUGGGUAUGUUGAAUUAGAUAUUGUAGUGCAUGGAAGAACAUUUGAGAAAAUGGGUUUCCUUAUUGUCAAGGAUACUCCAAGCAUUAGGAAGAAGGUUGUGCCAGGUAUUUUAGGCAGCAACAUAUUGCGGUUGUUGAAUGAUAGUUUUCAGGGUCAACAAUUAGACACUGAUUGGGAUUCAGUGUUACAUUUAUACAGUCAUUGUGCCGUAGGUGACCUACCACCGGCGGUAGAUGCAGACGACCAUGGAUUAAUCGGUCAGGUGAGAAACGCUAGUUCUGAACCCCUGCUUUUGCCAGCUGGCACAAAGAGGAUCAUCAAAGCUAGCGCCCCUUUCCCAAAAAGGGGUACCUCGUACUGUGCCUUAGUAGAAGGCAUACCAUC